AAAUAAUCGAGUAUCCCAUUGGUUCCUUCAUGAACCACACCCCUCGAACAUCCCUUUUGUUCCUGCAUGACCCCCCCUCAUGCUUGUGUGAAACUUUUAGAUGUGGGACAAAAGGGAAAUACAAGUAUUCUCUUUGCGUUUUUUGUGCCCCUGCCUGCUGUGUACCGGUGUCCUCCUUAGGUUCCGGGAGCGAAGGACACUGGGUCCUUCGCUCCCGCCAGCUGAGCACUUGCCCUCGUCAUCGUUAACAGAACUGCGGGAUAACUGCCCGACAAGAGGGGGCGGUAGCUAGCAACGGUUGUCCAGCCCUCUUCUCUGGAGUUUAUCGGCGGUUGGUAUCCAACGUUAUGGUGCAUUACUGGAUCUAGGUUACUGGACCUAUAAAAGGAGGGAUUGAACGCCCAUAAUUGCGGGUUGCAGUUACACCCUUCUCGCUGCAUGCUCAUCCGACACCAGAGCUAACAUACCCGGAGAGUUGGUCCUGGCACACCUGCAUAAAGUAAACAAUGGAGCCAAUGUAUUCCCAGACAGUUUCACAUGCAAAUAGCUAUGCUUGUCUGUAGUGCCCAAGGCAAUUUUCAUGUGAAGAAUCAAGGUCCUCUUACUCUUAAAAAUGAAGAGGAGCAUUCAGAGAUCCAAGCAGGAAUACUUAGACCGUUGUGCACUUUGUAAAUGCAGUGAGAAUUGUCCAGACAGAUAUGGCGAGAAGAUCACACUUAAGUCACAGGAACUCACUGUGCACUACUUUUGCCUGCUGAUGUCAAGCGGCGUGUAUCAGCGUGGAGAGGAAAACGAAGGGAUCUAUGGCUUCUUGGUGGAUGAUAUUAAACAGGAGGUUCGCAGAUCCUCCAGACUAAAAUGUGCAGUCUGCAAGAAGAAUGGUGCUUCAGUUGGGUGCUACGUCAAAAGCUGCCAGAAAAAGGUCCAUUUUCCAUGUGGCAAACAACACCAAUUCAUCUUUCAAUUCACAGAUUUAUUUCCGUCCUACUGUAAGGAUCACAGUCCCACCCAGUCCUUGCCAGUGUCUGCUUGUGUCAGUGAGCCUAUGUCCUGCUCAGUCUGUCUGGACCCCAUAGAGCCUGUCCUCUCCUACUCCAUUCUCAAGUGUCCUGCCUGCCAUGGCAGCUGGUUUCACAGAGACUGUGUGCAGAACCAGGCUCAUAGUGCUGGCAUGUUCUUCUUCAGAUGCACUCUGUGCAACAACAAGGACAUGUUCCAGCAGGAGAUGCUCCAGAUGGGAGUCCACAUACCUGAGAGAGAUGCAGCCUGGGAGCUGGAAGAAAAUGCCUAUGGAGAGUUAUUGCAGGUGUACCAGCACUGUGAUGCCAAAAAAUGUCUCUCCCACAGUGGUCGGACAUAUUCUUCACGCACUGGAUGGUUUCAAAUUCUGCGCUGUGCCCUCUGUGGCUCAAGUGGCACCCAUCGAAAAUGUGGUUCCCUCAAACUUGACGAGACUAACUGGGCUUGUGAGGACUGUGUAGGAGCUGUGGAUGGGACAGCUUCACUCCCCAGACACACUGACUCUCCACAGCCCGGUGGGCAGAGAAGAAGCAGAACUUCUAAAAGGAGUCUCACACUGACCCCUCGCCAGUCACCCAUAGUCUGUAAAAGGCCAUUUUUGUUGGGAGGCUCUGCUAGAGAGAUCCUACAGGAGCUUGCCAGUCAGACAUCACAGCACCAACUAUCCAUGCCAGUGGUGGUGAAUGGAAACAAGGUCCUGGAGGCUGCCAUGGAGCUAGUGAAGAGGAGUGACUUCAACCCGUCCCAUGCCCUUGCAGUGAGAUUCACAAGCAGCAAGCACAGUUCCAGCCCAGACACCUGCCCUGGCAACACCCGACACUUCCUCAGGCUCCUGGUGCAGCAGCUCCAGAACACUGUCUUUGAAGGUCCGGAUGGUGCCAAGACCCUGACCCUCGAUGCACGAGCUCUGAGGGAGGACGUCUACUUUGACGUGGGGUGUCUUCUGUCCCUGAGUCUGGUCCACGGGGGACCUCCUCUGGGCUUCUUCUCCAGGGCUCUCUACCUGUGUCUGUUCAACUUCCCCAGGGAUACACCUCUCACUGUGGAAGACAUGGGCAGCACUGUGUUCACAGACAAAGUCAAGAAGAUUCAGGAAUCCAAGUCCUUGGAGGAAUUGAGAGAGGCAAUGGAGUCAGCUUCAGAAUACCUGGAAGUGGCUGGGUGCACAAGACCAGUUGAGAGCCUUUCGGACAAAGAUACACUCGUUAAAGACAUUGUAAGCUUCCACCUAAUAACAAGAAUGCAGUUACCCGUCCAAAGGUUCUGUGAGGGUCUGAAAACCCUUGGUGUGUUUGACCAGGUCCAGAUGUUUCCAGGAGCCUUUGUUGGUCUGUUCUGUUCCUCUCAUGACAAGCUGACUGCUGACACCAUGGCAGCUCUCUUCACUGUUCAGUUUUCAGACCAGGAAGAGACCGCAGGGAAGGAGACCACUGUGGUCACCUUUUGGAGACACUACCUAUUGGAGUGUGAAGUUGGCAGAUGUGCAACAUCGCUAGAGGACGUGCUCAUCUUUGCCACCUCAGCUGAUGUGGUACCAGCUGUAGGGUUCAGCCCCAGCCCUACCUUAUCCUUCCUCCAUCCACUGGACCCGGCCGGGGCCUUCCCUGUGAGCCAGCCCAGCUCCAACCGCCUCCUGCUGCCGGUGGUACCUUCCUACCAGGCCUUCAAGAAGCACAUGGAGUAUGCAGUGUGCCAACUCACAGUCUUGCAGAUCAUUUGAUCACAGACACACAGACAGUAUUGAUCUAUAUAAGCUCAACUUUAAUAGACUGUCAAUGAACUUGUGGGACACAUUUCAUUUGGAUUCUGUACUUCAGUUGAUAUUUACUCACCUCAUAGAGUUUCAGGUUUGGGUAGGGUAUUUCCACCACGACAGAGAUAAUGCGUUUUGUAUUAUAGGCUUUAGCUGUUGACUUUUAGAAACUAUUUUACACUAAUUGAAUUGUUAGAAAGAGCAUUAGUUUAGGUACUACAAUUUGUUUGAAUGGUCUUUUCUUUGUUUGAAUGAUAUGUUUGGUAUGAAAUAUUUGUUUCUUUCUCUUUUGGGAUUUUCUUUGACAUAUUUUAUGUUGUACAUACUGAAGUGUGUGUCAAUGUUUUCUGUAAAGUUCUGUCAAUUAUAUGCUACAUUUUCUAUUUUUGUGAUUGUUCUGUUUUUUUAUGUACUGUUCAGGUUGCAUGCCUUAUUUUUCUUGGCUUUGUAUGUAUUUUCUAUGUUUAUUAACUUCAUUCUCAAGCAUUUUACUCAUGCCAAAUUAAACAUUUGCAUUUACUCU